AUGGCUGGUGUUGACAACGACCAAGCUUCCGCUGCCGCCGCUGACGUGAAGCCCGGUUCGGAUAGCUCUCAGCCUGCAGCGUCUGAGACCAAAGCGCCGGCCGCCGUGAGCUUGAGGCCGGGGGGCGGCGGGCUGGGCGGAGGGCUGUCGCUGCGCCCGGGAGGAGGCAAGCCAUCGGGGCUCUACGUGCGUCCGGGUGCAGAUGGCUCGAGCGCGCAUGAUGACGGUCCGAAGGGUCCGCGAGUCAAGUAUUCGAGGGACGAGCUGCUGGCGUACCGUGAGAAGUGCGCGGACAUUCCCCCCGAGAUUCUGAACACGGGGGGCGACAUCAUUGCGUCGUCCGCGGGGGGGCGCUCCUCUUCCGCCGCGGCGGAGCCCGACUGGUCGUCUCGCAGGAGCGCGCCGCCGCCUUCGCAGCCGGCAGGCCAGCAGGCGCGCGCCCCCGAGGCCCCGGACAACCGCGACUGGCGCGCGCGUCAAGCGCUCCCCCCGCAGGAGGAGCGCGAGCGCGAGCGCGGGCGCGGCGGCGGAGGCGGACGGGGAGGCGGAGGCGGGCGGGGAGGCGGAGAGCGGGAUUGGCAGAACCGCGGGGAGCAGCAGGGGGGACAGCAGCAGCAGCAGCAACAGCAGGGACAGGCUGGGAACGUGAGUGACAGUCGUGGGAAUCAGAGUGGCAGUGGUGGAAUGGAAGUGGCAGCGGUGGGAAUGGGAGUGGCAGCGGUGGGAAUGGGAGUGGCAGCGGUGGGAAUGGGAGUGGCAGCGGUGGGAAUGGGAGUGGCAGUGGUGGGAAUGGGAGUGGCAGUGGUGGGAAUGGGAGUGGCAGUGGUGGGAAUGAGAGUGGCAGUGGUGGGAAUGGGAGUAGCAGUGGUGGGAAUGGGAGUAGCAGUGGUGGGAAUGGGAGUGGUACCUCCUUUCGCCCCCCUUUCUUCUUUCCACCGCGGACGGCCCGGCGGUGCCGAUAGUGAAGGCGGCCGGUUGAGCACGACUCACAUGGCUGCACCUUGUCCCCCCUCUCCUCCCCUCCCCUCCCCCUCGUCUCCCCCUCCUCUAUCCGGACACGUCCUGGCGGACGGCCCGGCGGCGGACGGCCCUGCGGUCCCGAUAGUGAAGGCGGCCAAUCCGUGGAUGCCACGUCGCGGCGCCGUGGACGAGAAGGAGAAGGUUCUGCGAACUGUCAAGGGUAUCCUGAACAAGCUCACGCCUGAGAAAUUCGACGUGCUGCUGCAGCAGAUGCUGGAGUCGGGCAUCACCUCCGCGGAGCGACUGCAGGAGGUGAUCUCGCUCAUCUUUGACAAGGCAGUGGACGAGCCCACGUUCUGCCCCAUGUACGCGGAGCUCUGCGACAAGCUCUCCCACGCGCUGCCGCAGUUCCCGGGGCCGGAAGGGUCGGAUAAGCCGGUUACUUUCAGGCGGAUUCUGCUCAACACGUGCCAGGAGGAGUUCGAGCAGGCGCUGAAGCUGCGGCAGGAGCUCAAGGGAUUGACCAAGGCUGAGCAGGUGAGGGGCGCUGAAGCUGCGGCAGGAACUGAAGGGGCUCACCACGGCGGAGCAGAUGAGGGUCUGGCAGGGUUGAAGGGGUUUGGGUUAGGCAUGGGGAGUGAGAUGGCAGGGUGGGAGGGAGGGAAGGGUAUGGGUUUCAUUCGGAUUCUGCUCAACACGUGCCAGGAGGAGUUUGAGCAGGCGCUGAAGCUGCGGCAGGAGUUGAAGGGAUUGACCAAGGCGGAGCAGGCCGAGGAGAGGGAGGACGUGCAGCGGCGGGUGAAGGCUCGCACGCAGGGGAACAUCCGGCUGAUCGGAGAGCUGUACAAGCAGAAGAUGAUUCCCGAGAAGAUCGUUCAUGCGUGCGCCCAGGAGCUGCAAGGAGACAGCAAGACGGAGCCUCCAGAGGAGAACAUUGAAGCGCUCUGCCAGCUGCUGUCCACAGCCGGGCGAGGCAUGGAGGAGAAACCCGCCGGCAAGGCCAACCCGGUCCUCCUCAACGCCUACUUUGACCGCCUUAAAGCCCUCUCGAACUCCCCCACGCUGCCCUCUCGCAUCCGCUUCAUGUGCCGCGAUCUGGUCGACCUGCGGUCCAAUAAGUGGGUGCCACGUAGGAAGGAGCUCACUGCUAAGAAGCUGGAUCAGAUUCAUGCCGAAGCUGAGGCCACGCUCGGGCUGAGGAAGGGCGCUGCGUCGCUCAGGGUCGGCGCAGCCUCGGGAGCCAUGCCUGGAGGUCCGGGGAUGAUGUUCCCUCCCGGGCCUGGCUGGCCCGGAGGUCCGGGGAUGCCGGGCAUGCCCGGAGGCUUGGUGGGAGGUAUGGUGCCUCCUGUGGAUCUGGAUGGGUGGGAGACGGUUUCGAUUGGUCGGCGGGCGAAGAAGGAUACUGCCGGAGCUGCCGGGCAGGCUCGGCAGGGAGCUGCAGCUGCAGGUGCGGUACCGAUCAUGGGGCCAGGCAUGGGGCUCAAAAUGGGCCCAGGUAUGGGUCCGGGCAUGGGAGGUUCGUCGGCAUUCAUCGGCAAGCCGAGCGCUCUGAUUGGUGCCAAGCCUGCUCCUGUCAGACCAGCCGAACCUGCGGCUCCCAAGCCUGCUGCCGCUCCUGCCGCCGCCCCUGCCGCUGCUAGCAACGGCCCAGCCGCAGCAGCAAAGCCGGUAGCAGCGGCGGCAGUGUCAGGCACGUGGGAUGAUGUGGCAAAGAGGAAGUCUGAAUCUCUUCUCAAGGAGUUUUUCGCCGUUCUGGAUCUUAAGGAGGCUCAGCUGUGUAUGGAGGAGCUUGGCUCGCAGAAAUCCCACGAGGUUUCGUCCCGGUUCGUUGAAUUUGCCGCGAAUUUCGCCCUGGAGGGCGGCAAGGAGAAGGAGUGUGUGGAGGUGGGGCGGCUGCUCUCCCACCUGCACUCCAAGGGCGCGUUCGCACAGAGCGACAAGGGCGAGAGCGCGCUGACAGCUGGCAUGCUCUCAUUGGCCGAGCAGCUCGAUGACCUGGCGCUGGACGUGCCGCAGGCGCCGAGAUUCCUGGGCGAGUGGCUGGGCGGCUUUGUGGCAGCCGGGGCGGCGGAUUUCGGCUUACUCAAGUCUGUGUGUGAGAUGUCGUAUGAUGGCGGGAGGAGGCGGGCGGUGGUGGUGGCUGCGGUUAAGGCGAUUGAGGGGAGCGAGGCGGGGAAAGGGGAGGGGGUGGUGGAGGUGUUGAGGAAAGCAGGGGCAAAGGAGCUUAGUAAGGUUGUGACAGAGGAGGGGAAGGAUGAGGCGGAGGCAAAGAGGCGGCUUGAAGAGGACUUGAAGAAGGCUGGGCUUGCUUUGGAGGUGCUGACAUUGUGA